AUGUCCGACAUCGACGAACGACCCUCUAAAAUCCGCAAAGUCGCACCUACCGACGAUGCAUCGACUUCUAUCGAUUCAAUUGCCCCCAAUUCCAAUUCCAAUGACACAACAAUAAAGCUCGAACAUUCAAUAAGUACUGAAGAUGCCCCCUCCAACCACGAAUCCACCGCUGUAGCAAAUUCAAAUGAACCCAAUCCCCUCUCAAAAUCGCAAUUGAAAAAGCGCAGGAAGCAAGAAGAAUGGGAGGCCAACAAAUCCAAGCGCACCGAAUUCCGGCGCAUCAAGCGCAAAGAAAAGCAGGCUCGUAAAGCUGCGGCUCAAGCAGCUGGUCUGCUACCUCCCCCUCCCCCUUCCUCAUCCCGUCGACCUAUUCAAGUGCCAGUUUCUUUCCUUAUUGAUUGUGAUUUUGAAUCCUACAUGAUGGAGAAAGAAAUUAUAUCAUUAACAGCGCAAGUAACACGCUGUUACAGCGAUAAUCGAACUGCAGUUUACAGAGGACAUAUGGGAAUAUCGGGAUGGGGAGGUAAAAUGAAGGAGAGAUUUGAGGGAGUACUGGCAGGUAAUUUUAAUAGUUGGAAGGGGGUUAAGUUUAUGGAAGAGGGAUGGAUGGAGGCAGCGGGUAUCAUGGACGGACUUAUGAGGGGACCUGAAGGCGGGAAGUUGCUAGGUGCUUUGGCGACAGAAAAUGGACUCGAUGAAUACAAGAAACCGCGCAGAGGAUCAAAGAAGCUAGAAGCAGAAUCAGCGGGGGCAGAACCAGUGGGGGCAGAAUCAGUGGGGGCAGAACCAGCAGGAGCAGAAUCAACGGAAGCAGAAUCAGCGGAAGCUGUACAGCUACAAGUUGAUAAACAGCUAAAUUCAUCCAUUGCAGAGGCCCCAGAAGCCUCAGACUCUCUAGCCGCAACCAAUUCCUCAUUCACCACUCCAAAUAUAGUCUACCUCUCCUCCGACUCCGAAAAUACUCUCACUACACUCUCCCCAUACACGACUUACGUAAUCGGCGGCAUAGUCGACAAAAACCGUCACAAAGGCCUUUGCUACAAACGAGCUUGCGAUGCGGGUAUCCCAACCGCAAAGUUACCCAUUGGAGAAUAUAUGACUAUGCAAAGUCGGACCGUGUUGACUGUGAAUCAUGUUAUGGAAAUCAUGAUAAGGUGGUUGGAAACGGGUGAUUGGGGUAAGGCUUUCUUGAAGGUUAUCCCUAAGAGGAAAGAGGCGAAAUUAAAGGCCAAGGAGAAGAAUGGCGGGGCAGAGGGCGAGGAAGAUAACGAGGGAGAGGAUGAAGAUAGGCUGGAUGAGGACGAGGAAGAAAAGAGUGAAGAUGAGAGCGAAGAUGGUGAUGAGGGUGGAGUUUCUCUUGAAGCCCAAAAACAGGCAGAGGUUCAACAAGUGUUGGUUAAGGACGAAGUAAUUGAUUCCACAGUGUGA